CUGUCGGGGCCACGGCUGGCUAUCUGCGGAUCUGUUAACAGCAGUUGCUCCUCAAGCCCCGUAACCACGGCAUCAUCGGCUAGCGAAGCUCCCGGCGCCGCGGCCCUUAACGGAAACCCUUCAGUGAUUUCCUUCGUGACAUCCAGGCGCGACGUGAUAUAUCCGGGGUGUCGGGAUUGUUUUUCGAUCGAUUAGAAGGUGACCAUGGAUGGCCUGCCGGCCGGACGUGAGAGGAUAGUCGGAGUGGUUAGCUGCCGUUGAUGGGACACAGUGUGCACUGUUUCAUGUUGGACCCCGCGGUUUUGCAGUGAUGUAUGUAAAGGGGAAAGGGUGAGGGUGCCACAGGAAGCAAGGGAUACUCGAGACUAGGUGAACGGUUCCUGAGUCCUUUUGUAUAUGACAACGCGUCACCGACGAUCAUGGAUUCGAUGGAACGUUGUCUGUAGUCGUCCUUUGAACGGCAGAUUGUGAAUUUACUGAGAGUAUUGGAACGCGAACUCUGCGUUCGCCGGGGCCUCGAAGAUGAUGGAGGUUCAGCAACAGCACUCGCCGGUCGGGGUUGGACCCUUGGAUUUCUCGAGACGCGGCGUCGCCGAGGCCUCGGCCUUCAGGAUCGUCAAACCCAAACAGCCACCCUCCGCGAUGCCUCAUCAGCAAUCCCUCCCAACGGAAACAAACAACAAUAAUAACGAAAACGCACAGGAUAAUCCCCAAGUUCCACCAGCAAACGAAGGAGGAUGCAGCGUUCGACUCGUAUUCCCCAGACUCUGGGCGCCCUUUGCUAACGCCAACGAGGUCACCAGUCUCCCACCACUUCCCCGAAGCCACUCCGCCCAACAACACAACGUGACGUCAGAAGGACGCCUCGAAUUCCGGAAAUACGUCUUGUCGAUUUUUAUCGACUAUAGCCUAAGAGUCGAAGAAUGGCACAAUUUUUCGUAUUUCCGAUUGGGUGUCAGAUCAAAGACGUCUUGUAGGAGUCUUGUAUGUUUUACCGAUAGACACCGAAAAAACAGACGCAGACGUGAAUUUAGACGCACAGGCGGGAAAUCCGGUGUUGCGCAAGCACUGCACAGCAGCAACAGAACCCGGACGAAGAAGAGAGCAAACGAUGACAACAUGUGCCUGCCCCCCGAUACUCGUUCCUUGCCUUCAUGUCAUUCCGGCAAGAAACGCUUUCCCGGUUCUCUCAACUGCGCCCUUUUUGCCGCAUUUCUCCACCGCCAGACGCAACAUUUGCAGCGCCUCUCCUUCGGCGUGGGAAGGCUGGUGGGUUCCCCGUCGACUAGGAGUCCGUCUCCGGUUCACUCCCUGUCGCCCGAGUCCCCCGGGGACGUGCGGAGCGGCGAGGGUGCGGAAGACGAGGAAGAGGAAGUCGACGUGGACGUGGAGGAAGUCGGCGACGAGGAGGAGCGCGAGGCGACCUCCAGCCCGCCGUCGUCGCCGCAGAGCGUGACGAGGAACCCGGUGACGACCCACCCGCCGAAACGGUCAGGUGAUAGCUUCAGCGUCUCGGCGCUGCUGAGGCCCGACCCGCCGACGGCUCACCCGCGGAACGAUUCCCCCCUGAGGAACGGAGCGCCCCCCACGUCUGGCGCCCCCCCGCCGAUCCUCUACCCGCCCCUGCACCUCCAGGGUGCCUCUCUCCUGCCUCCGCACCCCCACCCCCACCCACUAUCCUACCUCCACCCCCACCUCCUACCCCAUCACCUCCUGCCCCCGCACCUCCACCCCCUGCUUCGCGGAGUUCAUCCUGGACACCCUGGGCUCCAUUCGGCACAUGCUGCACAUGGGCUUCACCAUCCUCAUCCCCUAGGCGAUGUUUACAGUUGCGUGAAAUGCGACAAAAUGUUCAGCACCCCUCAUGGGCUUGAGGUGCACGCGAGACGAUCGCAUAACGGCAAGAGGCCGUUUGCCUGUGAACUGUGCAACAAGACGUUUGGUCACGAAAUUAGUUUGACCCAGCACCGAGCCGUUCACUCUGCAGAGAAGGUGUUCGAAUGUAAGCAGUGCGGCAAGGCGUUCAAAAGGUCAAGCACCCUGAGCACGCACCUUCUGAUACACUCGGACACGAGACCAUACCCAUGCCAAUUCUGUGGCAAGCGUUUCCAUCAGAAGAGCGACAUGAAGAAGCACACCUACAUCCACACUGGUGAAAAACCACACAAAUGCCAAGUAUGCGGCAAGGCGUUCUCCCAAAGCAGCAACCUGAUAACUCAUUCCAGGAAGCACACCGGCUUCAAACCCUUCGCGUGCGAGCUUUGCGGAAGAGCGUUUCAGCGGAAGGUUGACCUCAGGCGACACCGAGAGACCCAGCACGCCGACCUUGGCGCCCCGACCCACAGGCCUUCGGUAGGCUCCAUAUCCCAAAACAGCCUUGCAUCUGGAAAUCCGUCGAUGAUGCAGUAAUCGAGGGCCCAGCGUGGACGAGUUUUCAAUUUUAGUCUGUAUAAACGCUAGCAAUUCAUUCCGCGAGGGCGCAUUUAUUUCUCUUCAAUUCCAAGGAGCAGUAAGUCGAAGAGAAAGAGAUACGUGUAACAUAUAGCAAGACAAAGGAAUCCCAUUCCCGGUUUGUUUUACUCGAGAGAGAAAUACCGAGAGUGUACGGUGAAACUGAACAGAUUUAGCGUUACCGACUGCGCAUGCGCAAGCUUCGUCGGAUUUUCACACAAGCUGGCCGCGCCUCAAGCUUCAACUGUCAAACGUGACUUACGGAGGUUAUGUGGACGAUACUGAUGUUUUUAGGUUAAGCAGAUCUCACAUAGUUUAUAUAGUCAUUCGGGAAGGCUUGGAAAACUUUCAUCGUCAACUGAAUGAUGACUGAUUAACUAAUACGAUUCAUCGUAACGACAUAAUAUUUCAAUUUGCAACUUGACGCGGCAGAGUCUCACAUCUCAUGCACUGUUUCGAGUUGGUUGGCUCACUUGCCCUGCAGACUAAAAUAUACCUGCGGUCCGAUCUUACAACUGGCCAAUAGAAUUCAAUUCUUUUACGCAUGCGCAGCUGAUCACUCAGUCUGCUAUUAAUUUCUCCGCUUUCUCUUGGUAUGUUCCUUUCCUGCCAUAUCGAUUUGUUCCCCGUUUUACAUACAUUUUUACUCCAGCAAUACGCGCGGGCAAGAAGAGUAAACAAUUAUAACUGGGAUUAUUCAACUGAUUACGGUCUGAUAAUCCUUUAAUCCGAUCUUUUAUGGAUUGUGCGUAUGAAUUUAAUUAUUCUCCUAAUACGUUAAUCCGGCCUUAACAACGUCUAGAUAAUUCACUCGCCAUACACCUGCAACAAAAUCGCUGCUGUCGCAUGUCUGAAUUACGUCAAGAACUCCUGUUCCGAAGCAAACAUCGCAGUAUAAUUAAUCACCUAAAAACUUUGCCUUAUAGAUUGAAGUACCGGUCGGUAAUACAGAGCGUGCGAUCAUCAACGAUCAGCCUUGUUGACAUAAUUAUACGAUCUAUAUUCAAACUGAAAUCGAUAAAGUGUGGAAAUGUAACUGUUUUCUACAAACCGUAUGAUCCUUGUCAUAUCAAAAUGCACAAAAAACUCACUGCAAACAGAUUCGAAAAAGUAAAGAUUUUUCCGAUACUUGAAGUACCGAGAAGGUAAAAAAAAUAAAAUAAAAAUAGUACAAUGUUCUAUCAUACUGAUCGUUUCAGUUCGGCAACUUACAUUAAAUACUCACAAUGGAACCUGAAAGUCUAGAAUCAGGACAAGCGAAGUAAGAAACAUAGCAAUACAGAAGUGUUAUUUGCCAAUUCUCGAAACAUGCAUUCAGCCUGUAUCACGUAUAACACUGAGUUGUGAGAAGUCCACUGCAGACUUUCGACAGACAAUUGGAAAACGUUCACGAAUUUUAGUGUCUCAAAAAUCCCGCUGCAUUGAACAGUCAAGUUCGCAACGGCCAUGUUUGAAAUUGGAUCAUUCCGAGACAGCCAACUUUCUUAUUUUUGACUCCUUGUUACGCGCAUGAUCAAAAAAACAAAGUACAUCGAUUCGGAGGAUAAUAUUUCAGAAUUAACGUCACCCAGCGGCAGCCGAGCAAUUGAGAAAAUGGAAGGAGGAAGAAACAAAAGAGAAAAUAAAAUAGAGAGCCCGUAUGAUACAGAGUUUAAUUAUUUAUAAAUGUAAACGCGCGCUCGCGUCUACCGCGUGUGAAUUUUGCAUAUCUCAAACAGAUGUUGUUUGUAUAAGAAGGGCAUUGCCGCCCAGUUGCACCUGUGACCAACAUUGUAAAUAUUCUAUAUAACUGUAUAAUCUAUCCCUAUAUAGAGACGAAAUAUUAUUAUGUAUUAGGUAGACUCUCCUGAACCUGCACACUACACUUUUCUUCCCGGUGCGGGUGUACGAAAAGAAAAAAAAAACGUCUUGCCAAAAAUCUCUCGCCAAAAUAAUAUUCUACCAACUUUCUCUAUCGCUAUCAACUUUUUAUUGUU